CUUCGCGGCCAUGUGCCGUCGUGGGUAUUACCUUACGAGACACUGCCAGCAGCGAGUGAGCCUUGUCUUGGCUAAUCAAAUCCUUUGGGGCUUGACAUGAAACCAGCAACUUACUGCCUCCCUGUCCACUAAGCACUAUCAAACGGGACAUUGCGGCCCACGGGAUUAUUCAUUCAAGUUCAAUGGAAUACAUUGGCCUUUCCCCCAUCACUGCGCCCAUCCAUCUUACACGGUCUUGCGCCGAUUUGGGAUCGUUGAUUGUAUCCAGCACUACGGAGUACUCAGAAGUCAGAUGGCCUAAAAGGAGGAAGAGUUCAGGGUCCAUUGUCAAUACGUAGUAUUAACAGUUCUCCACAGAUCUACAGCCACGAUGAUGGAUGCAAGACGGUCCUCCACCUCCCAGUGCCCUGGCACUCAGCUUGGCAUUAUUCCUUGGGACCCGGAAAUCGGCAACACAAAACUCUUGGAUACUACCGACCUUCGAGAACCUUUCCUCGACAAGUUAGCCUCCUAUUCCGAGAAUUUGUCCCGUGAUCGCAACGCCAUAUCCUUACUAUGGUGACUCCAUACACAGCCUCCAAAAAUAACAAUCCACUCAAGAAAUGCCGCGCUGCGCGGAUAGACGGUCCCAAUCCCGCAUCCAACGGAACGAUACUCCUCCUUACCACCCUCAUUUGCUUUGGGGAUCGCGUUGCUGCAGGAGUAUUCAUUGAGAUGACCUGGGGACACUCAGAAAAUGCUCGCUACAGGCUCUGGUAAGGUGAGAUGGCCUGACAUCAUAGGUCCUCUGGACGUCACCUCUACCUCGCUUAAGCGGGAGCUCUCAAAUCGUACUCGUAAUUGAACCUUCUACAGAGUACACCCGCUUCACGUUCUAAAUGUAGCAUCAAACAUUGAUACAGUGUUACCCUCUGCCGAUAUAGCCGUUGCCAGCAAGCUUGGUUUCCCCGCGACAAUGGUGCGAACACGUGCCCAAGAGAAGGCGGGCGACAAGGGUGAUCAAGAUGUCAAAGCAACCGCCAAAGAAACACCUAAGAAAAGACCCCACAGCAAGACAGAAGCGCCCAACACCUCGAAGAAGCUCGGUUCUAGCAAGAAGGCCAAGAAGGAGACCGACGAUGAACCACCAGCUGAGAAACAACCCAACUCCGGGGCAAAGAAAAAGGACGAGGAUGGAAAGAAUAAACCCGCCGACUCAAAGCCUGAAGCAUCGUCCCAUCCCAAGAUCAAAUCGCUUAUCGAAAAAUAUGGCUCAAUCCCUCUUUCGGACACGGAACUGGAAGACCCCAUGUCACCGAAGCCAGAGACCAUUCUGGCCCUCUUACUGAAUGCCAUAUUCUCUUCGGCCCGCAUCUCCCAUGAACUAGCCGCGAAGACAAUCGCCACAGCCAUCAAGGCAGACUAUCACAAGAUCGACACCCUCAGAAAGUCUUCGUGGGACGAGCGCACUCAAGUGCUCACUGAAGGUGGCUAUACCAGGUACCGGGAGAAGACGGCCACGGCAUUGGGCGAACUGGUCCAGCUGAUUGACGAGAAAUACAAUGGCGACCUGAACAACUUGCUUCCAGGGUCCCGCACCGACUCAUCACCGUCAGAGAUACGCACUCGUCUCAAGGAAAUCAAAGGCUUGGGCGAUGUCGGCAUUGACAUCUUCAUGGACACUGCCCAAGCUGUCUGGCCGUGCCUGGCUCCAUUCCUCGAUCCGCGCAGUGCAAAGACUGCUGGUGCCAUCGGUGUUCCCGGGAAUGCGCAGACUUUGUGGAGUACGAAGGAUAUCGACCAGGACCCUGGCAAGAUGUGCAGUCUUGCUUCGGCGUUGACCAAUGUAAGGCUGGACAAGCGCGAAAAGGAAUUUCAGUAAGAGCACAUGUGGAUGCUCGAUGCUAGAGGCUACUAGCUGCAAUAGUAUCAGCUGCAUCUGGACCAAUUAACUAGUGCUGUGGGCAUCUUCAUCAUGAGAUCGAUUUCGUAAAUGCUGUCUAGGAAUAGUUGAAGGAGACAUGAAUUUGGAUACAUAUGCAACUGUUAUUGGAGCUACCACUGUCAGAGCCUUUCUUACGAUGAAUGCCUCGAUACUGGCGCUUUCUACGCACAAGCAUCACUUUCGCUUGGGCCCUGAGAAGACAUUGACUUGUCUGCCCCCCCCAAUCUUGUCCCGUACCAUAAAAACGGCAGGAAUGGAAAAACCGAU